UCGACGUUCUUCCACACUUGACCCCGGAUACCGAAUAGGUAUCACUGGUAUAUAUUAGAGUGUUAUCCACUGCGAUGUCAGACAUCCUACCAUCAUCCCGGGCUGAUGAGGUGCAAAGCCUCCUCAAAGCCGUCGAAGACCUCCUCAUUCCCUUCAUUCGAUCUGCAGACGAACCCGCAUACCAACCCCAAAAGAACGGAAUCAAUGGACACAGCACACCGACUGGAACUACACUAGUGGAUUAUAAGAAGCCCGAGGAUCUCCGCGAGAUCCUGCAGCUGGAAAUUCCGGAGCAAGGCAGACGUCAAGAGGGACUGAUCGAGGUUCUGCAGAAGGUCCUCCAGUACUCGGUCAACACCUGGCACCAGGGCUUCCUGGACAAGCUAUAUGCUUCCACUAACGCCCCCGGUGUUGCAGCCGAGCUGAUUCUCGCCACCUUGAAUACCAAUGUGCACGUUUACCAGGUCUCGCCUGCCUUGACGGUCAUCGAGAAAUACACCGGCCAGCGUUUAGCGAACCUCUUUGGCCUGAAAGGACCACGUGCAGGAGGUAUCUCGGUUCAGGGUGGCUCGGCAUCGAAUACCACCUCGAUCGUGAUCGCACGUAACAACUUGUACCCCGAUACAAAGAAGGAGGGUAAUGGAGGCUACCGGUUCGUGCUUUUCACCAGCGCACAUGGUCAUUACAGCGUUGAGAAGGCCGCUCAGAUGCUAGGAUUCGGUAGCAGUGCUGUUUGGCAAGUUCCUAUUGACAAGCAGGGACGAAUGAUUCCUUCGGAACUGGAAAGGUUGGUACAGAAAGCUCAAAGCGAGGGUCGGACACCGUUCUAUGUGAAUGCUACCGCAGGAACAACCGUUUUGGGUUCAUUUGAUCCUUUCAACGAGAUUGCGGCCAUCUGCCAGAAGUAUAAUUUGUGGUUCCACAUUGAUGGAUCCUGGGGUGGAUCUUUUGUUUUCUCCGAAAAGCAGAUUCACAAGCUGUCUGGCUCCGAGAAGGCGGACAGCAUUACGAUCAAUCCACACAAGAUGCUUGGUGCACCAGUGACCUGCUCUUUCCUGUUGGCUUCGGAUAUGCGUCAGUUCCACCGUGCCAAUACCCUUCCAGCGGGCUAUCUGUUCCACAAUGCGGAUACAGAAGCCACGAAUGGCGACUCUCACGAGUCUGAGAUCGAAGUCGACUCGCCUGAAGUGUGGGACCUUGCUGAUCUCACACUUCAAUGUGGUCGCCGGGCCGACUCGUUGAAGCUGUUCUUGGGAUGGACAUACUAUGGAAGUGAGGGAUAUGCGCAGCAAAUUGACUCUGCAUGCGAGGUCGCUGCGCACCUUGCCACGAUCGUGGAGAAGAACCCGAACUUCAUCUUGGUGAGCGAGAAUGCUCCCCCUUGUCUGCAAGUCUGCUUCUACUAUGCCCCUGGUAAGCAGUUUGUCUACCAGCGCGGAGUUGCGUCGGAUGAAACACAACGGGGGAAUAGUAACAGCAAGAUUACCGAGGAUAUCACACAUGCCAUUGUUCGCAAGGGCUUCAUGGUUGACUUUGCUCCACCCAGUGGAGAUGAGGAUGCGGUUGGAAAUGGCAAGUUUUUCCGCUGUGUGGUGAAUGUUUUGACCAGCAAAGAGACAGUUGAGUCUCUUGUCGCUGCUAUCGAGGAAACUGGUCCGGGUAUCAUUGAGUCCUUGAAGGCCUAA